UCAGAGAGUGCUUGUGAGAAGCUGGUUGUCAUAGACAAUUUAAAAGAAAACCAACAGCAGCUUCCGUGACAGAAGAUGCCAGUGAUCAACAUUGAGGACCUGACAGAAAAGGACAAAUUGAAGAUGGAGGUAGACCAGCUCAAGAAAGAAGUGACCCUGGAAAGAAUGAUGGUUUCCAAGUGUUGUGAAGAAGUAAGAGAUUAUAUUGAAGAAAGAUCUGGAGAGGAUCCCCUAGUGAAGGGGAUCCCAGAGGACAAAAAUCCCUUCAAGGAGCUCAAAGGAGGCUGUGUGAUUUCAUAGGCGAGGCGAGCAGGGGAAAUUUUCUUAGACUAUUUAGAAUUUUAAUGACAAUGCAAAUUGUUUUCCUAUAUAAUUAAACUUGUACAUGUUGUUUACAUUUAUAAAUUUUAGAUGUUAAUAAAAGCUAAGAUGCAA